CCAUUGAGUUACAGAGUGACUGACGGCCAGGGACAGCUGCAGCCACCAGCCAACCAACCAACCAACCAACCCGUGGAGACGGUCCACGGCAAUCUGAGCAGCCCUGUGUACUCUGACAGUCCUGCUCUGUUGUGGGGAGUGAAACGGAACCCAACCAGGACAAGGAGACCGAACAAAAUGGCUGCCCUGACUAUAGACCCGAUAGAGCAGCCUCGGAUGUACCAACAGACCCUGCUUCAGGACGGACUGUGUGACCUCUUAGAGAAUGACAAGUUUGUGGACUGUGUACUCAAAAUUCAGGACGAGAAGUUCCCCUGCCACCGCUUGGUUUUGGCCGCCAGCAGCCCUUUCUUCAAGGCCAUGUUACUGUCUGACCUGGAGGAAAGCAAGAAGCGUGAGAUUGUCCUCAAAGAUGUAGAGCCAGGUGUUAUGGGGAUGAUCCUGCGCUACUUGUACACCUCUGACAUUAAUCUAACAGAACAGAAUGUCCAGGAUAUCUUCAUUGUUGCAAACAUGUACCAGAUCCCCUCCAUCUUCUCUGUAUGUGUGUCCUACCUCCAAGAGAAGCUAGUGCUGGGAAACUGCUUGGCUAUCUUCAGGUUGGGACUUCUGCUGGAUUGUCCGAGGCUUACUUUGAUUGCUAGAGAGUUCAUCUGCGAACGCUACCACAUCGUUGUCAGGGACCCAGACUUCCUGCAGCUGGGCCCGAGUGAACUGGCCAUCAUCAUCACCUCUGACGCCCUAAACAUUGAGCGGGAGGAGCUGGUGUUUGAAUCUCUGAUGGACUGGGUCAGACAUGACGAGACAAAUCGCGUUAAGGACCUGCCAGAGCUGUUGCACUGCAUCCGUUUCAGGCUCAUACCUGUGAAUUACUUCAAAGACAAAGUAGAGUGUCACCAGUACCUUCGGGCCAACCAGGAUAUAAAGAAGGAGCUGGAUCUUGUCAAGGAUGCUCACAGGGGAUGUCUACCAAAGCCCAGGAAGCCCAGCAGUGACGAGGCAAAGAAGGGAGAAGGAAGUGAUGAUGAGGACGAUGAGGAGGAGGGGUACUUGCCUGGAAUACUCAACAACAACCCUCGCUUUGGGAUGUUUGAGCUGGAUCUGAUACUUAUGAUCAGUGUCACAGGGACUGUGGCCUAUGACCCGGUAGGAAACGAAUGCUUUGUGGUCUCACAGUCCACAGAAAUUCCCAAGAACCACUGCAGCCUUGUGACCAAAGAGAACCAGGUGUUUGUUGUUGGAGGACUUCUCUACAACGAGGAGGACAAAGACGAACCAUUCAGCUCUUACUUCCUGCAGUUUGACCCAGUGAGUUCAGAGUGGUUAGGGAUGCCAUCACAACCCAACCCUCGCUGUUUGUUUGGCCUGGCGGAAGCUGAAAACUCCAUCUUUGUUGUUGGAGGAAAGGAACUAAAGGAAGGCGAGCAUGUCCUGGACUCAGUCAUCAUCUAUGACAGACAGUCAUUCAAAUGGGGAGAGUCUGACCCUCUGCCUUACGAAGUGUAUGGCCAUGGAACCGUGUCACACAAAGGUCUUGUCUACGUCAUUGGAGGGAAGUCUCAAAGCAAGAAAUGCAUGAGAAGAGUCUGUGUCUACAACCCCACUAAGUUUGAGUGGAAGGACCUGGCUCCUCUGAAGACGGCCCGUUCCCUGUUUGGUAUCACCGUUCACAAAGACCAGAUCUUUGUAGUGACCGGGGUCACAGACGAAGGCCUCACCAGCUCUGUGGAGGUCUACAACAUUGCCACCAACAACUGGUCUGAGUUCACAGAGUUCCCUCAGGAGCGUAGCUCUCUCAAUCUGAUCUCGAUGGGGGGUUUCCUGUACGCUGUGGGGGGCUUUGCCAUGAUGCCCAGUGAAACCAGUGAGGAGCCCGUCCCAACAGAGAUGACUGACAUCUGGAGAUAUGAUGAGUCAGACAUGUGCUGGAACGGGAUUUUGCGAGAGAUCAGCUAUGCAGAGGGAUCCACUAUUCUUUCAGUGCGUCUCAACACUCUGCGCCUCACCAAGUUAUAACUGAACUGAGCUGUUAAUGGUGCUAAGAGCUUAAUGGUGUAACAUUAGCAUUGAAUUGAAUGAUUGUAGUUUUCUCAUGACGGACAUUGGCCCAAAAUUGGUUUAGGGUACAAAAUGUUUCAGUUACAAUUUAAUUUGGUCUCUGGAGAUGAAAAAGUGUUAUGAAAUCAGCAACAAAUUGUUUUACCUUGUGUUUUACAGCAGGGGGAGACAGUUACAAGUUAAGUCUAAAU